CCCUCAAAUGAGUACCGCCCAAAUUUUAUUUUAUUUAUACAUCACUGCAGCACUGUCCAAGACCAACACAAGACUCAUCAAGCACAUGACAAAUGGGCUCCAUUAAUGGCAGAUUUUCCAGAGUUGAGGUAGGUACACUGCAAACUGGACAACUCUAAAGUAAGUUAUUUGUUUAUGUUCUUGCAUACCACCAGUACCUUGGCUUCAUGUCAAAAGUGAAAACACCGAGGUGGUGUUUCUGGUACCAAUAAUAGCCUUCUAGAGCCGUGGUUUAAGUUGCAAGUCUGGGUCAAAGUCUUGUUCUUUUUUGCACAUUGUUGACUAAAUCUCAAUUGGGUUUGUUGAGAGAGAAGAAAUAAUGUGCCUGUUGCUUCUUCACUUCAAAGUAUGAGUUGGGUUUGAUCUGAAUGCAAGCAAGGAAGCUGUUUUCUUUAGCUUACAGAAAGGUGAAAGUGUGUUUGGUUUCUAAGAAAGUCCUAAAAUUUGAUGGUGAAUCUAGUGUGCCACUAUCCUAAAAUGUCUUGGAAUCAAGCUCAAACCAGGCAAAGAAAUGAUUUUCUGACCAGCUAUCCUGGCUCUCGUUUGCUUUCCUCUUCUCUUUCUUCUUCUUCUUCUCCUUCACUGCCAUACAAUAGUGACUACCAAAGACACUCAAACCCAUCAUCAUCCUCUGGUAGUAAAAUAAGCCCAUCAGUUCUUUUUAUCAUAAUUAUUCUAGCUGUUAUAUUUUUCGUAUCUGGUAUCCUUCACUUGCUUGUUAGAUUUCUCACAAAGCAUAGAUCUUCGUCAGUAUCUGAAUCUAACGGAUACCCAGAACUCUCUGGGUCUGAAGUUUAUCAGAGACAAUUACAGCAACUCUUCCAUCUUCAUGAUUCUGGCUUAGAUCAAGUUUGUCUGUGUGAGUUUUCUGAAAAGGACCAGUUGAGAUUGCUCCCCAUGUGUAGUCAUGCUUUUCACAUUGAUUGCAUUGACACAUGGUUACUGUCUAAUUCAACUUGCCCGCUUUGUAGAGGGACCCUGUACACGCCAGGGAUUGCCAUUGAAAACCCAGUCUUUGAUUUUGAUGAUCUAAGGGAAGAAGAUGGUUCUUUGGGCAAUGAAGGAAGUGUUCUUACUGGCCAAAAGUCUGCAGAUAAUGAAAAUGGUGGUGAGAAAAAGGUAUUUUCUGUGAGACUUGGUAAAUUCAGAAGCACAAAUGAUGAGGGAGAUGGAGGUGGAGGUGGAGGUGGAGGAGCAGCAGUGGAGAGAGCAGAGGGAGAGACUAGCAGUAGUAGUUUGGAUGCAAGGAGAUGUUACUCAAUGGGAUCAUACCAAUAUGUGGUUGCUGAUUUAGAGUUGCAAGUGGCUUUGAGGCCCAAAAGAGCAGCUGCUGCUGCUGGAAGUGGUGAUAGUGUGAGGCUUGUGAAAGGGAGAGCUGGACAAAAUGGGAAUUCCCACUGUGAUGGUGAUGCAGAGGGGAAAAAAAUUAACAGUGGAAGUAAAGGUGAAAGCUUUUCUGUUUCCAAAAUUUGGCUAUGGCCUAAGAAGGGUAAAUUUCCAAAUUCUUCAGAAACCCAUAUGGGCGCUUCCUCUGUUACUGUGGGUUUGCCAUGGAGUGAUAGAUCUGAGGUUACAUGAAGUUAUUCACUGUGCUAUGUACUUUCUGCAAUAUAUCAAUGAAUCUAUUUAAUUUUUU